UCAAUUGACUUAGCGGCAUGGAUUCAACUGAAAAUAACUACGGUAGUCAAUCCCAGAAGCAAAAUAAUUUUCCUCACUUAGAGAUAGUCGCAGAUCACCAAAUGGAUUCGAAAGAUCCUUGCUAUAUGAGCAUUGAAAAGCCUGUUAGUCCAUCAGCUUUCCUCGCGAAGCGGUUACAGAGAAAGCCAAAAUUUUUCGAUUCUGGAGACUAUCAGAUGGCCAAGCAAAAUGUCAUCAGUUCGAAGAACCUUUUUGAGACCAUUGGGGUGACCAUUCCAACUCCAGAAACCGUUUCGGCGCUUAAAUCUUAUCAUAUCGAGCUUAAUACUUCUUCCUGGAAGGACCCUAACAGCGAUAAAAGCAAACCCAAACAAGCUUAAUACUUAAAUUAUACUAUAAUCAGUGUAAUAUUAGUUG